AUGUUCAUAGCCGCUAGACCGUCCAGCUCUCGCCUGCUAGCUGCCUCGCCAGCCGUCCGCGGGAUAGCGAGCUCUUCUAGGGUAUUAGCGGCUGCUGCCAAGGGGAAAUCAGUGCGAGCACCGGCAGGACCCAAGAAAGCGGCCAACACGAGCUUCUCCAAGAAGCCUGCUGCGGCUGGAGGAGGUGGAGGUGGUGGGGGCGGUGGAGGAGGGAGUAAAGGAUCUCUCUCGCUGAAUUAUAGCGAAGCCCGACCUGUCGCAGAUCUGAGCUCUUGGCCGAAGCUCUAUCCGGAAAUUAUCAACGCAGAGCACGUUGGGCAUCCCACCACAUUCUCAGCAGAGACAUUUGGGUCCAUAAAGCAAUUUGGCCUCCCACGGCGUUCAGAGAAAGAGCUGUCAGAUCCCAGUGGACCCGCAUCGGUCGUCCGACAAUGUACGCUGGACCUCGCCAAGCGAGUCGACGCUGUUCGGGAGGGUAGCAGCGGGUCUUCCAGCCUAGCUAUCACUGGACAGCGGGGAUCGGGCAAGUCCAUGUUGCUCUUGCAAACAGUGGCUCAUGCGCUCAAUUCCGGCUGGAUCGUGCUCUACGUUCCGAGAUGCUCGGAAUGGAUCGACUCCACUUCUUCAUACAACUACAACCCCGCAACUGCAACAUUCCACCAGCCCGCCCUCGCCUCUUCCAUCCUCACCAAGCUCCUCGCAGUCAACACUCCCUUGCUCUCCAAGCUGAAUACCACGCAGACGCACAAGCUUGAUGGUGAAUCCGAUAUUGAGGCCGGGAUGGGGUUGGUGGAGUUCGCAAAAUUGGGAAUGAGGGCGGAUGUGCCCCGUGCGGCUGUGGGUGUGUUGGAGGGUGUGAUGGCGGAGUUGUCGGGACAGACUGAGAUCCCAUUCUUGAUCGCCGUGGAUGAGGCCCAGGCGCUCUUCACGCGCUCAUCGUACCUCACUCCAACGGCGUCCCCGCUCGAAUCAUACCAUCUUACCAUUCCCCGCUUGUUCCUCUCUUACAUCUCCGGAUCCUCGUCCUCAUCUACCGCUUCCUCGUCUGCCGACUCCGACUCACCCUCCACCUCUUCAGAAUCCACUUCGGACUCACCAUCGGCUGGUAAAACCCUCACCCUCGCCUCUAUAUCCUACUCGACCCCCUCCCUCCCCCCAACAACUACCCUCCUCUCUGCAUUGAACCAACCGACCGGCCGAACCACUUUACACGCGUACACUAAGCUUGAGCCGGUGCAUCUGGCCAAUGCGUCCGGGGUGGAGACGUUUGCGGUGGAGGGGUUGGGAAGUAAAGAGGCGGCGGGGAUUAUGCGGAUGUAUGGGAAGAAGGGGUGGGGUGGACAUGGUGAUGAGCCGUACCUCUCCUCAUUGAUCUCGUCAGGCGGGAACGCGCUUGAAUUCGGCAGAGGAUUGAGUAGGAGCUUGUCGGCACUGGUUUAG